GUGGCUCUCCUCCCGCUUUUUGUAUAAAACUUCCUCUGCGUUAAACCUUGGAGGAACAGUUUAGAAGCAACAACAGCGCAGCAGACAAAAUGGUGAAGAUUGGAAUCAACGGAUUUGGACGCAUCGGCCGUCUGGUGACCCGUGCUGCUGUCAUGGGUGGGAAGGCUGAGGUUGUAGCCAUCAAUGACCCCUUCAUCGACCUGGACUACAUGGCCUACAUGUUUAAGUACGACUCCACUCACGGUAUUUGGAAGCACGGAGAGGUGAAGGCUGAGGGCGGCAAGCUGGUUAUUGGCAACUUGCACAUCGUGGUCUUCAACGAGAGGGACCCUGCUAACAUCAAAUGGAGCGACGCUGGCGUAGACUAUGUCGUGGAGUCAACUGGUGUUUUCACCACCAUUGAAAAAGCAUCUGCCCACCUGAAAGGUGGAGCAAAGAGGGUGGUGAUCUCGGCUCCCAGUGCCGAUGCUCCCAUGUUUGUCAUGGGUGUCAACCAUGGCAAGUACGACAACUCCAUGAAGAUUGUUAGCAACGCGUCCUGCACGACAAACUGCCUGGCUCCACUUGCCAAGGUCAUCAACGACAACUAUGGAAUUGUUGAGGGUCUCAUGAGCACAGUCCAUGCUACCACCGCCACCCAGAAGACUGUUGACGGUCCCUCGGGUAAAAUGUGGAGAGAUGGGCGUGGCGCGUCGCAGAACAUCAUCCCCGCCUCCACUGGGGCUGCCAAGGCUGUCGGCAAAGUGAUCCCUGAGCUGAAUGGAAAGCUGACUGGGAUGGCUUUCCGUGUCCCCACCCCCAACGUGUCUGUGGUUGACCUGACGGUCCGUCUGGAGAAGCCUGCAAAAUAUGAAGACAUCAAAAAGGUUGUCAAGGCUGCUGCAGAGGGGCCAUUAAAAGGAAUUCUGGGAUAUACAGAAGAUCAGGUUGUGUCCACAGACUUCAACGGUGACUCUCACUCUUCAAUCUUUGAUGCUGGGGCUGGCAUCGCAUUGAACGACCACUUUGUCAAGCUGGUCUCAUGGUAUGACAAUGAGUUCGGCUACAGCAACCGUGUGUGUGACCUGCUCCAGCACAUGUUCUCCAAGGAGUAAAUGCUGAUGCUGCUUGUUUCAGCUUGUCCUCUCAUCCAGAUCUGCCCUGGUAUCCAAAAACCUUCCUGGGAAAAAUGCUGAACUGUAAUAAAUUGGUCAAAUCACCCUA